GUUAUCAUAGAAUAAUAUUCAAUAAAAUAUAAUAUGAUCUAUGAAUAAUAAAUUUGAAUGUAGAUCUCCGGUAUUACCACCACAUCCAAAUUUUUUUUAUUUAUAAUUUAUAUUAAUAUUUAAUUAAUUUUUUUAUGAUUCUCAGUAAUUAGCUUGUUUUAAUUGUAACUAAUCAAUUAUUAAUCUUUACUAUAUAUAUAUUAGUUUCUACUUGGUAAUACCUAAUUAGAAAGAAAAAAAUUAACAAUGCACAGAUUUGUUUUAAAUUUAAUAAUGUAUGAUUAAUUUAUCGUGACAAUUAUUCUGGGGCGUAACCAAUGGAGAAGGAAGAACGCAAAGAAGUAUAUGAUACUCCAGUCACCGAUGAAAAUGGAUCUCCCAUCAGCAUUGUUUGGAAACCUGAUUUAUAUAAACUCCAACAAGAAUCCCCCAAGCCUCAGCCAGUAUUUGCACCUAGUGCUGUGUCCGGAUGUCCAUUUUUCUAUGGUCUUGAAUAUCAUGGAGCCAUGAACCACAAAGAAGCAAAUUCAUUAUUAAAAGACGAUGGUAACUAUCUUAUACGACUAAGUACCAGUUCAGACGAUAAAAUGUAUACACUAUCUUUAAGAAUAUUUGCAAAAGUCCAUCAUUAUAAAUUAUUUUAUGACGGACAACAUUAUGUGUCACAAAAACGUUUUAAUACAAUUAAUGAUCUUGUUGCGGAUGGUUUGGUGACAUUGUAUAUGGAAUCUAAAGCUGGAAAAUAUAUCUACUUAAUGCAUAGUUUAAUAAGUUAUGAGAAAAGCCCUUAUAUGACAUUAAAUAAACUCAAGCGUAAAACAAUCAAAAAACUAAAACCAAGACAGCUUAAUUGCGAAGAAGUAGUGGAUUACGACAAACCUCACAAUUUUAAAACACAUAACUUUAAAGGGCUUAAUUGGUGUGAGUUGUGUAGUAACUUUUUAUGGGGUUUUACACAGCAAGGAGUGAAAUGUGAAGAUUGUGGUUUCAGUGCACACUUUAAGUGUUCUGAAAAGUUGCCACCAGAUUGUUAUCCAGACUUAAAAUUGUUUCGAGGUGUUUUUGGCAUUGAUUUAACAACUCAUGUUAAGGCCUAUAAAACUAAUAGACCGUUUGUUGUAGACAAAUGUGUUGAAGAAAUUGAAAGGCGUGGCAUGUCUGUUGAAGGAAUAUACAGAGUAUCUGGUUUUCAGGAAGAAAUGGAUAGUUUGAGAUUAGCCUUAGACAAAGACGGUAAAGGAACGAUAAUGGACGAUCAAGCUUAUGAAAAUAUACAUGUAGUAGCUAGUAUUUUAAAAAUGUACCUCAGGUUGCUUCCAAUACCACUAAUUACUUAUGAUGUUCAUCCUCUUGUCAUAAAAGCUUUAGAAACUCAAAUGUCGUGGGAGAGAUUAGCUGAGGUGAGGGCUGCUUUGAAAAAAUUACCUCCAGCACAUUACAACACAUUGAGCUAUUUAAUGGCUCAUUUGCACAGGGUGACUUUACGACUAGAUGAAAAUAAAAUGACUGCUCAAAAUCUAAGCACUGUGUUUGCGCCAACUCUUAUGCCAAUGCCUGAUUUAAUUGAUUUCAAAGGUACAAUACCAGACAUGAAUCGUGAUAUAAGCGCAUUACACAUGAUUAUUGAAAACCAAAAUGUAAUAUUUAACUAACAUUGUAUAAUGGACAAUGGUUUAUCGACCACAAUAACUACUGUGAAAACAAAAUAAUGUAAUAUCAUGGAAUGUUUUACUUGAUUCAGUAUUAUUUUAUAACAAUUUUUUUUAAUUUUUAAAAUGAACAUUUUAUAUGGAAUUCAA